AUGAUGCAUCUUGAUCUUGAGCGCGAGAAUUAUAUUAUUGAGAAGAAAUUGGUUGAGUUGUGGAAAAAGGCUGAGCUCUUUGACUCUCUACAGGAGGAGGUGAAGCAAUACAGUUCUCCGAUAACUUUGACCACUCAUAUAGUGGAGUUAAAGGCUUCUCUUGUUGAGGGAAAUGAACGUUUGAAAAAAGCUUCUGAAGAUGCGGUAAAGGCAUGUCGUGAUUUCGAAGAGGAUCAAAAAUCUAUUCAAUGGAAGAAGGAUAAUCGAUCCAAAGUUAUGAAAGCAUCGAGAAAGACCUGUCUAUUACAAGAAAGAAGCAUAAGGAGUUCCUCUAGCGAGCUAUGGAAUUCGUGCAUCGUGUCUGGGAUCAGACGUUGGAGUCGGAACGAGGAUUUUGUACCGACCUUUCUACAAUGCUGA